CUUCUGACGAAUAUAUAACUUGUGAUUCUGCUGGCGAAGAGAUAUCAUCCCCGACAUUAAAAGAUACCGAUCUUGGAGUUAUUCAAUCAGGAGAGUCUAUUACAAAGGUCAUUUAUGUUGCUGGAGCGAAUACGGCUAUUUCGAGAACAUUACAGAUAUCAUUGUGGUACGCCAUAACAUCUUCCUUACCAACACACCCUCCACCCGCCCAAGGCUGGAUUGAAAAGCAAGAAGACAUCCGAAUUCAAUAUACCCUCCCUUUCGAUAUUACAUUUGUUAACCUUCCUCAAUGUGCUCCGCCAGAAUAUCAUAACAAACAUCAAGUCAUCUCAAUUGAUCGGAUAGACAGAUAUCACUUGAUAGCACGAGUGGAAAAUGCUAGUCCAUGGAUAUUGGAUGUUGAAAGUGUUGAACUGAUUACAGAUAAUGAAGUUAGAGAAGACAACGUUGUACUGGAGGUCGUAGCAAAUGCGGCCGAAAUUGAAGAGACGGAUCAGAAAAAAC